AUGAAAAUCACUAAAGUAUUAUACCUCAUUGCUGCUUUGUUAGCAGUCAACUUCAUUGCUCCAAGUUUCUACAAUAAUGUUGUAGAGGGAAAGAAAGUUUCCGGUGGAUACAAGAAAUUAACCCCAGCUGAAAGGAAAAAGAGAAACCAGAAGAUCAUGAUGAUCUCCUCCAUUGCUUCUGGUAUUGCCGUGCUCCUCGGUACUGCCUUAGGCUUAGGUAUGCACUACAAGAACAACCGUGGUAACAAAGGAACCCCAGCCCAAAGAAGAAACGAGCCAUUACUUGGUAACUUGAACCAACAGAGACAACCCACCACCACCAGAACCCAAUAA